GGGACUUCCCUUCAGAGUUGCGCUCGGAUGGCAGGCAGCUGCUCCGCUGACACGUAACUGAAGUUAAAAGGUGUCCCGGAGGCCUCGUCCCGGACUUCACUUGUUUCCCACUUUCCCCACGAGCUCUUUUUUUUCUUCUUUUAAAUCGCGUCGGAAAAGUUCACGUCUUUUAAGUGGCGCGCGAGCCCGAGACCUUCCGCCUCGUUCUGCAGAGCAACGAGUUUGAUGCGAAGAGAAGCGGAAAUCUCAGCGGCUACUUUGAAGUCGCAGGGCGGCGGUGGGGGUUUAGAAGAGGUGGGUGUCUCGAGUGGAAGUGGCUAUGCUAAAAAAAUGUCUACACCCGCGAGUAUCCGCGUUCUAAAUCGUGUUUGCUGCCUGGAAAUGCUCGGCGAGUGAGAGGAGCAGGAGGAGGAGCAGGAGGUUUCUUCACGUCUGCACCCGGGAGGUAAAAAGGCUGUUUUUCGGAAGUUUCCACCGGCAGACGUAGGAGUGAGUGAGCGCGUGCGUGCUUGUGUGCGCGCGCGUGCAUGAGGGUGGGGGACCGCGGGUCCAACAUGGGGAGCGGGGUGUGCUCCAGGAGGCAGCGCAGGAUCUUCCAGUGUCUCCUGCUGCUCACCGUGGUCUGCGGGAUGAUCUACGGCGGGAUGAUCUCCUACGAGAUGCACAAACAGCUCAAGAGGACCGAGGCCACGGCCCUGAAGUACCAGCAGCACCAAGAGGCCCUCUCGGCUCAGCUGCAAGUGGUGUACGAGCAUCGCUCCAGGUUGGAGAAGUCUCUCCAGAAGGAGAGGUUGGAGCACAAAAAGGCCAAAGAAGAUUAUCUGGUUUACAAACUUGAUACACAACAGUCUCUGAACAAGGAGAAGCAAGACUCCAGCAGCAGGUUCAGCUCUCUACAAGUGCAACAUCAGGUGCUAAAGAACCAGCACGAGGACCUGAAGAAGCAGUUCUAUGACCUGCAGGAGCAGCACCAAGUGCAGAGCGAGGACCACAGCCGGCUCCUCGGCGAACACAAGGAGCAAUACGAGAAGGUGCAGCAGGUCAAAGAGGUGGAAAUCUCCCACCUGAAAGAUAAUGUUUACAACCUGAGAGAGGAAAAUAAGCAGCUGAGGAAAGCCCACCAUGACAUUCACACACAGCUACAGGAUGAGCACGUUCAGCAUCAGGACCUGAAGGCGUCCCACAGCCAGCUCGCACUGACGCUGGAAGACCACAAGAGUGCGCUGGCUGCAGCUCAGGCGCAGCUGGAUGAAUACAAGCAGAUGAGGGAGUCCCUGAACAGGGCGCCAAAUCUGAGACGGCCAGAACAAAACCCCGCCCCCCCGCAGCCACAAGCCGCCGCCACAGCAGCCGAGUCCCGUAUUCAUGAAGCCCAAAAGGCCACGAUGCUGGAACAUGCGCAAGCGAACGAUCCCCGGGCCCGACAGCACACUGAGUCCAGGUUGCACCAUCAAGAGGAGGUGAUGCCCGCCGAGGACGAGACCCACGAGUCCCACCCGACCGCAUCCCAGCCGGCCGUGUCCGACCGAGAGGAGGAGGGAGAGGCUGAGAGGAGGAGGGAGCUGGCCGAGGAGGAGAUGGCUCAAGCGGGACAGCCUCAGAAGCUGGAGGAGGAUCCCGACCAACCGCAGGACGACCGGCAGGAGGAGGACGAGGAGGAGGAGGAAGAACCGGAACAGCCGGACGAGAACGCCCUGGACCGACAGAGACGCCAGCCCCAACCGGGCCCCCAUCCGGGGGAGCAGGAGCCGCACGCCCAGGUGGAGCGGGCGAAGUCGGCCUACGAGCAGCAGCAGGAGCAGCAGCGGCUGGAGGCGCAGAGGGCGGAGGAGCGCAGGCAGAUCCAGAUGCGCCAGGAGGCCCUGAAGGUCCAGAGGGACAAGGUGCUGAAGGAGAGGGAUGAGAGGCGGAGGCAGGAAGAGGAGCGGGAGCAGCAGCAGCACCGCGAGGCCGACAGGCGGGAGCAGCUGCUGAGGGACGAGCACCAAAGAAAAAGGAGCGAUUAUGAGAAUAUGGACAAUGAUAUUGUCCAAGGAGAAGAGGACCGGCACACAGGCGGUGAAGAAGACGCUCACAUGAUGGAAGAGGAGGAUCAAGAGGAGGAUCACAGAGUGCCGCCACACAAGCAGGGUGGUGGAGAGCUGGACCCUGAGGACGACCCCAACAACCAGGGAGAGGACGAGUUCGAGGAGGCCGAGGACGAUCGGCCGCAGCACAAGGUCCCACGGGUGGAGAAAGAGAAGGAGGAGGAGGAGCUGGUGGAGGAGGAAGAGGAGCCGGCGGCACCUGCCCAGCACAAAGACGCUCGGCCCGAACAACCGGCCGCGGAGGAGGAACUGGUGAUGGCCGGAAACCCCGACCAGCAGGAAGACGCGCUGGAUGACCAGUACCAGGAGGGAGGAGAGGACGACGUCCAGGAGGACAUCGCAGCUGGACAAAGGAGAGAGGAAGAGGUGGUGGAGGAAGGAGAGGAUCCCUAUAACGAGGAGAACAUAGAACAGGGCGACGUGAAAACGCAGGACGGUCCGAGACAGGAGGGCGAUCACAGAAAAGAGGCAGAGAACAACGAGGAAGAGAAUUACGAAGAGGAAGACGAGGAGAUGGAGGCGGGUCGAGACAAGGGAACCAAUCGGAGGGCAGAGAUGUAGGACGGACGCAGUGCGUUUAGAGCCUGUCAGGUUCUUUCUUUCCCUUGUUUCCCCAGCAGGAAUAAAACCAGCCAUCCAUUCAGAAUGCCAGUUAGGAAAACUGCAGAUUUUUUUUCUUCCCGGAAGAUAGGAUGCCGUUGCGAACCCUGCAGGGAUGGAACUGAGUCUGUGGAAACGGACAGAAUUUGCCUGGUGGGAAUCGGAUGUGUACUGUAUCUUUUUUCUUUUGUUCAUUCUACCUGAUUGCCGGCCUGGUUCUGUUUUUUUUUUUUUUUUUUUUGUUUUUUAUAAGAGCAGUCAAGCGGAGAAUGUUGUCGUCUUUGAGUAUGUGUAAUGAAAGCAAAGAUAAAUUAUGUUAUUCUGAUCUCUUUGUGUUCAGGCCUUUUUAUAUAUAUAUAUAUAUAUGUUUUAUGCAAACCGCUGUAUACUUUAUAGAGCUCAACUUUUAAUCUUGCAUUCCAAUCAAUCCAGUCGUUUUCUGUUAUUUAUUUUGACAAUUGUAAGGAAAAAAGAAAUGCAGCUAAUGGUUCUUUUCCCCGAGUGAACUGGCGUGUGUCAUAAUGGCUUUUACCAGCUAUCCGAAGCAAUCAUGGGAUUAUUUUCACUGGAUUUUGCCGGUCAAAGAGACAUUUCUGGUGAAGCCGUGGCGUGCUGAAAGUGUCACACUGACCCGUGCGUUUCUCUCUAGCUCUUGGUCAUUUUACAUUAGGAAAAAAAAAAAAGUUAAUAGGACAGGAGAGAUGAGGGUGUGCAAGUUGCAUCAGCGUAGCCUUAAAUAGAGGUUUCAUGUUGACUGCUGUUGUAAAUACAACUCACAAAUAUAAUGCGGUUUCCUGCCAAACCCUUUUUCUACUGUGCAAUGUUAUAGCAGAGAAAAUGCUUGUCCCACCAGUUAUAUUUGAUACAAGAAGUGGGAUUUUGAUUGCAUUAAACCUCAAGUGCCAGCUCGACGGUGUCUGUGGAAUAAAGAUGUCAAAGGA